AUGAUCAGUUGGGGUUCACAAAAUUUCCGGCAUCUUUCCCAUCACAUUCCGGAAGUGCUGUCCGAUAUCGGCUACAUGGUCUAUAAGGCAAGAGUGGAAUCGAAAAUUAACUUAUGCAAACACGUUCGUAGUAAGUGGGUUCCUCGAGAAUAUCCAGCGAGUAUGGCACGAAUGUACGAAUGGACCCCAGAUGAGUGCAUUCCGGAAUUCUAUGAUGAUCCAUCAAUAUUAGGUGGGCACCGUUACCAUUCGGUUCUAGUUUUCAAGGAUUUGGAAGAAAUAUCGCUCAGAUUGAGAGAUUCCUCAGCAGAUUGA